AUGGAAACCCAUCAGAAGGCAGUUCUUGCCAUCUCCGAGCGGGCGAAGCAGUUCUAUGCCCGCCAGGAGCCAUUCCGGCUCUACCAUGGCUCCACCAACAGCACGCGCGUCGCCCACAAAGACCGCAACAACACCGUCGACACCAGCUCGCUCAAUGGUAUCCUGGAAAUCGACACGGCCAGGAAGACUGCUCUCGUAGAGCCGAAUGUCCCCAUGGAUCAGCUCGUGGGGGCCGCCCUGAAGAAGGGCCUGGUGCCCCUGGUCGUGAUGGAGUUCCCCGGCAUCACCGCUGGCGGGGGUUUCAGCGGCUCUGCGGGCGAGAGCAGUUCCUGUCGCCACGGGCCGUUCGACUCGACUGUCAAUUCAAUCGAGAUUGUCCUGCCAAAUGGGGAUAUCGCAAGGGCUUCAAAGACGGACAAGCCAGACCUCUUCUGGGGAGCGGCGUCGGCGUUCGGAACGCUCGGCAUCGUCACGCUGCUGGAGAUCCAGCUGCGAGAUGCCAAGAGCUUCGUCCAGCUGACGCAUUAUCCCAUCUCGAACUUUGCGAAGGCUUCCCAGAAGAUACAGGAGGAGGUUGCGGAUGAGACCGUCGACUACGUGGAUGGCAUCGCGUUCUCAGCCGACUCGAUCGUGGUGUGUUCCGGCCGCCUCGUCGAUGCCGUUCCAGUGGGGACCAAACCUCGGAAGUACUUGGGUCGUCGGGAUCCAUGGUUUUACCUCGAUGUCCAGAAGCGUGCCACGAAGACGUCCCAGCCAGUUGUUGACUAUGUCCCACUGGAAGACUAUCUCUUCCGGUGGGAUCGCGGCGGAUUUUGGGUAGCUAAAUACGCCUACAGGUAUUUUCUGACGCCCUUCAACCGGAUCACAAGGUACCUGCUCGACACCUUCAUGCACGCCCGUGUGAUGUACCAUGCGUUACACAAAUCUGGUCUCUCCGAUACGUACAUCAUCCAGGACGUGGGCGUACCCUACGAAUCCGUGGAGGUGUUCCAUCAAUGGCUGGACGAGGAACUGAAGAUCUAUCCCAUGUGGCUAUGCCCCAUCCGCGUCCGGCGAGACGCGCCCAACUCGAACCACGGCCUGCAUGCCGCCUUUGCCGAUCCCAGCCGCCCGGAGUUCGUGUUGAACUUCGGCGUUUGGGGUCCCGGCCCGGGCCAGUACAGCGAGCUGGUGCGGCAGAACCGGGCCAUUGAGCAGAAGGUCCACGAGCUUGGAGGGAACAAGACGCUGUAUGCCCAGGCUUAUUAUACAGAAGACGAGUUCUGGGAGUCUUAUAACCGACCCGCUUACGAGGCCGCUCGCGCGAAGUACCAUGCAUCCCACUUGCCGAGUGUCUAUGACAAGGUCAAGGUCGACGAGGAUGCGAAGAGGAAGGUCAGAGAGCAUUCGCGCAUGCCGUCGGCGCUUCGUACCGUGUGGCCAUUCCAGGGGCUUUACGGCGUCUACAAGGCGUGGCGCGGUGGCGAUUAUCUCCUACAGACGAGGAAGGCGUCGGCCAAUCGCAAGGAUGUUUGA